AUGACACCGAGGACAUUGAAUACCCAACCAUGUGCUCAAGUUGAAUGUCUUAAUAAUGGCACUUGUGUUCUUGGACCAGAUGGACAGGCGAGUUGUUUAUGCUUAGAGGGUUUCAACGGUGAACGAUGUGAAUUUAGUGCUUGUGCGACAAUGCCAUGUAUGAACGGUGGCGUGUGUCGUAUAUCAGGGGCAGAACCCAUUUGUGAAUGUCCCUUCGGAGUCACUGGUAUUCUUUGCGAACAAGCAAUCUGCGAUCCAUUGUGCGAAAACGGAGGUUCCUGUGAGCUUGUCAACGGAACAGCUAUCUGUCAGUGUUUACCUGGCACAACGGGUAUUAACUGUAACCUGAUGGAUGUUUGCGCUGAGGCAUCAACGUGUGCCGUAUUCGGUGAACAUGCUCGAUGUCGUCUCGACCCGAACAGCUUAAUGCUCAUCUCACCAGUCCCCGUCAACGCUUCAUAUCUUUGUGAAUGCGCUAACGAUCACAACGAAUGGGUAAACUGUUUGGAGUUGGCCAUGCAAGCUGGCCCUUUUACAUCACUACCACCAUUGAUCGCAGUGAAACCGUCGACUCUCAAUAUAUCACAACCAACUGGUGUCAAUGCGACCAAAAUCGGAAGUAGUAUAUCAGUUUUGAGUGGAUUAUUCAAUCGUAGUUCAGUGAUGAACAAAACUAAUGAAGAAUCGCCGUUCAAUGUUUCUGGUGAACUUCCCUUCCCACAUUUGAAUACCGAUUCACCAACGCUUCUUCAUUCAAUAACAACAACCGAACCAAGUGGAACAGCUAACGAACUCACGACAACACAAGAACAAGACCUUACAUCGACUGACGAACUGAAUCGCCAAUUAUUGAGUGGUUUUAUUUUCCCAGGUUUGACGAAUGCAACCGGAUCAUCAAAGCACUCAAGUAGCAACGAUUCCAGCGAAGUGCUCUCAUCAUCUGAAUCAACAACCGAUGCGGAUCUCUCAUCUGCUCCCAAUCGCACUUCCCUUCUAUUCCCACCAUUCUCGUCAUUCACCAUACCAAACUUCACAAGUCUAUCAUCCGAGCAACUACUUACAACAACAAUGCAACCGUUUUCACCCGCAGUAAAUGCUACCAAGCUCACUGAUAUGCAACAAAAUCAGUCCGAGCUACCAUGGUCACCAUUCGAAGAGACAUUGCUCACGAACACGCCCCCCACUACGGAUUUACCAACCGAGCCUGAUUAUGACUUACCCACUGACGAGACGUCACCGUCCACAACAGAAAAAACUGACGUUCCGUUAUCAACAGAAGGUUUUGGUUCGGAUACAACAUCGAAUGAAGAAACAGCAACAACCGAAGCAAGCAUCCCCUCAUCUCAAUUGACGACUAUGCGUUCGAUAGUUGUAUCAACAACGAAUUUCGAGCAGCCGCGCAUAUCAACUACUACUGAAGCGGAACAGAGCUCAGAACCACCGACAACGUCACCAGAAGACGAAGAUGAGAUGGGCAACGAAGUGGUCACCUCUGAAGUUGAUCAUUAUCCGUAUGCAUCAUCAUCAUCAUCAACACCAACGCCCUACCAACCCGACUCGAAUCAGUCUCAUAAAGCAUCCGCCGCAGAUGACUCGUCAAGCACUUCGUGGAUCAUCGCAUUGGUCAUUGCAAUCGUUUUUCUGCUGCUGUUGGCUGUGAUCGCACUGUUCGUUGUGCGAUACAUCCAGCGAAGUCGCAAACUUCACGGCAAGUACAAUCCAGCCCGAGAAGAGAAUGUCUUAGCAAAUUCGUUUUCAAUGCCAAUGACUACAGUUACGAAAGAGGAACGACUUAUCUAA